AUGUCUGACAAUUACUCCUACAAGAGCAGCGGCACCAACAGCCAGGGUAACCACUACUGUGCCCGAGACUACGGUUCCGGCGCGGCCAACUCGAACUCCUAUCACUACUCCAACACCAACGGGUCGUAUUAUUACUCCAACCCCAACGGAAGUUCCUACUACAACAACGGAAAUGGUGGCUCCACCUACACUUCCCCCAGUGGACAUAAGUACUCCAGCGGCGGCUCUGGCAGCGGCUCUGGCGGUGGCAAGAAGUAA